AUGCCUAGACCUUGUGUGUUGGAAGGAAAAGAACCCUCGCAAGAGCUUCGUCGCGGUAUCUCCAGCUUGGCGAUCGCCAGCCAAAAUGGUCGAAAGACCGUCCACUGCGAGCGAAGUCCAGUCUCAGAACCAGAAAGUAAAGGCUGUAUCACCGCUCUCUUCUAUCGGCCCUGCGACAAAAAGGACGCAAAUUGUGUUGGAGAUUCGGAAACACUCGUCGGGCUCAAGAUGGAGGGCGAGAGCCGGGACGCUAUCAGCAAACAGAUCCCGGGGCACCAUGCUGACAAUUUCAGAAGUAAGUGGUCACAUCGCAAUGAUAAUCGGGAGAAAUCAGGCGCCGGGAGUGCUUGGUCAGAAGCGGAGGAUCGAUCUCUGGUUGCCCUCUUCACGGAAGGUCAAGAUUGGAAGACGAUCAGUGGGAGAGUUGGGCGGAGCUUCGGCGCCUGCACAAUACACCUUGAGGACUAUUCCCCAAAUCUCUUCGCCGAGAGUCAUUGGCCAUGGACUCAUGAUGAGGAUCGACUACUCGUCGCUCUUCGACUCGAAGGCAUGGAUUUUGAGAUCAUGCAUCCAUAUUUUACCGACCGCACCGCUGGAAGGACGCAGCAGAAGAAGGAGAAGAAGGAGAAGGAGGAGAAGAAGGAGAAGGAGGAGAAGGAGGAGAAGGAGGAGAAGGAGGAGAAGGAGAAGAAGGAGAAGAAGGAGAAGAAGAGGGAGAAGAAGGAGAAGGAGGAGAAGGAGGAGAAGGAGGAGAAGGAGGUGAAGGAGGUGAAGAAGGAGAAGAAGGAGAAGAAGGAGAAGAAGGAGAAGAAGGAGAAGAAGGAGAAGAAGGAGAAGGAGGAGAAGGAGGAGGAGGAGGAGGAGGAGGAGGAUGGUAAAGAUGAUGAUGAGAAUAUAGGCGGGGAACAGGCAGGAAGGACGGAUCGAGGAGAGGAGUGGGGCGGCCAAGAAGAUUGGUACAAUAGAGGAGCUGGUGGGAGAGGGAAGACCAAAGGGGAAAAGGAGUUGUAUGAUGAUAAGGCUGACGCGGAAGGAGAUACAAAUGACGAAUAUGUGGAAGACGAGGUAGAAAGCUGA